GCUCGGUCAAAGUGAAAGUUAAUCUGCAGCAACACAUCUGGAAGAUCAGGCGUUAAACGGGCCUGGUGAGGUGAUCCGAGGACGGAGAACAACUGCUAAUAACCGGAUCAAUACUUAAAAGUUUAUUUCACUCCUGAACUUUGUCUUUUGACUCAAACAGGUGAAGAUGAAGGUGUGUGUGUGAGCUGAUGUGGACGUGAAUUCAGCAGAAUGGACCAGUGUGAGGACGGAGAGGAGGGAGUCCCUCCCUCUAAAACCUCUCUGUGUGGGGAACAUGAGAGUCGGAGCAAAGCUCAGAGGAAUAAACCUGGACCUGGACCUGGACCUGGACCUGCACCUGGACCUGGACCUGGACCUGGACCCGGACCAGGACCUGGACCUGGACCUGGACCUGGACCAGGUCCUGGACCUGGACCUGGACCCGGACCCAGCUGUGUGUCCUUGAAGAGCGACCAGUCAAAGGAAUAUGUUAUUAACUUCAAAGGAGACCAACGUUCUGCUGUAAAGAGGUUCCAUCAGAAAAGAGAAUCUCUUGAACAUGAACCCAGCUGUUUGUCCUUGAAGAGCGACCACUCAAAUGAUAGAUUGAUUAACUUUACAGGAGACCAACAGUUUUCUUCAGAGAGAGUGGACCAGCAGAGCUCAGAGUUCCCCAGUGGUCCGUCUGUCCAGCAGCAUCAGACCCAGCUGGACUCCAUAUUUCUGCUGCUGGAGGACAACAUUGUCCUGUUUGUGAAGAACGAGCUGAAGAAGAUCCAGAGGGGUCUGAGUCCAGAUUACCCAGAAUCCCUAGAGCAUGUGUUGCUUGGUGAGGAUAGAGAGCAGAGGAGGAGCAGCAGAGAGGCGUUUGUGAAGAUCACAGUGAACUUCCUGAGGAGAAUGAAGCAGGAGGAUCUGGCUGAGCAUCUGCAGAGCAAUAUUUCUGCUCCAGUUUGUAAAAAGCGUCUGAAGUCUAAGCUGAAGAAGAAGUCCCAGUGUGUGUUUGAGGGGAUUGUUAAAGCAGGAAACCCAACCCUUCUGAAGCAGAUCUACACAGAGCUCUACAUCACAGAGGGAGGGACUGGAGACGUCAACGAUGAACAUGAAGUCAGGCAGUUUGAAGCAGCAUCCAGGAAACCAGACAGAGCAGAAACAACCAUCAGACAGGAAGACAUAUUUAAACCCCCACCUGGAAGAGAUGAACCAAUCAGAACAGUGAUGACGAAGGGAGUGGCCGGCAUCGGGAAAACAGUCCUAACACAGAAGUUCACUCUGGACUGGGCUGAAGGCAGAACCAACCAGGACAUCCAGUUCCUGCUUCCAUUCACCUUCAGAGAGCUGAAUGUGCUGAAAGAUAGAAAGUUCAGCUUGGUGGAACUAGUUCAUCACUUCUUCACUGAAACCAGAGAAAUCUGCAGCUUUGAGUUCCAGGUCGUGUUCAUCUUUGACGGUCUGGAUGAGAGUCGACUUCCUCUGGACUUCCACAACAAUGAGGUCCUGACAGAUGUUACAGAGUCCACCUCAGUGGAUGUGCUGCUGACAAACCUCAUCAGGGGGAACCUGCUUCCUUCUGCUCAUCUCUGGAUCACCACAAGACCUGCAGCAGCCAAUCAGAUCCCUCCUGAGUGUGUCUCCAUGGUGACGGAGGUCAGAGGGUUCACUGACCCACAGAAGGAGGACUACUUCAGGAAGAGGUUCAGAGAAGACGAGCAGACCAGCAGGAUCAUCUCCCACAUCAAGACAUCACAGAGCCUCCACAUCAUGUGCCACAUCCCAGUGUUCUGCUGGAUCACUGCUACGGUCCUGGAGAACGUCCUGGAAACCAGAAAGGAAGGGGAGCUGCCCAAGACCCUGACUGAGAUGUACAUCCACUUCCUGGUGGUCCAGGCCAAACUGAAGAAGGUCAAGUAUGACGGAGGAGCUGAGACGGAUCCACACUGGAGUCCAGAGAGCAGGAAGAUGGUGGAGUCUCUGGGAAAACUGGCUUUUGAGCAGCUGCAGAAAGGAAACCUGAUCUUCUAUGAAGCAGACCUGAGAGAGUGUGGCAUCGAUGUCAGAGAGGCUUCAGUGUACUCAGGAGUGUUCACACAGAUCUUUAGAGAGGAGAGCAGCCUGUACCAGGACCAGGUCUUCUGCUUCAUCCAUCUGAGUGUUCAGGAGUUUCUGGCUGCUCUUCAUGUCCAUCAGACCUUCAUCAAGUGCACAGGUUAGAGCAUGUUGUUGGGAUUAAAGGGACAGCUCUAUGUUGGUUUAAAUCAUACCUAUCUGACAGGUUCCAGUUUGUUCAUGUACAUGAGGUUUCUUCAGAACAGUCAAGGGUCUGUUAUGGUGUUCCGCAGGGUUCAGUGCUAGGGCCAAUCUUGUUCAGUUUAUACAUGCAGCCGUUGGGAAGUAUAAUCCAGAACCACGGCAUACACUUUCAUUGUUAUGCUGAUGAUACGCAGCUCUAUUUGUCUAUGAAGCCGGAUGAAACAGAACCGUUAGUUAAACUUCAGGCAUGUCUUAGGGACAUCAAGGACUGGAUGUCCAGAAAUUUCCUGCUUCUAAAUUCAGAUAAAACAGAGGUUAUCAUUCUUGGUCCAGAGCAUCUUAGGAAGGGAUUAGAUGGUGUUGCGAUGGCUUCCAGUGCAACUGUGAGAAAUCUUGGUGUUAUUUUCGAUCAGGAUUUGUCGUUUAAACCAUAUGUCAAUCAGGUUUGUAAAAUAGCCUUUUUCCAUCUCCGUAAUAUUGCAAAGAUUAGGAAAAUCCUCUCACAGAGUGAUGCAGAAAAACUAGUUCAUGCGUUUGUAUCUUCUAGACUAGAUUACUGUAAUGUGUUGUUAGCAGGAUGUCCAAGUAAUUUGCUGAAUAGGCUCCAGCUGAUCCAAAAUGCAGCAGCACGAGUACUGACAGGAAUUAGCAGGAGAGACCACGUCUCUCCAGUAUUAGCGUCGCUCCAUUGGUUACCCGUAAAAUUCAGAAUCCAAUUUAAAAUUUUAUUACUUGCGUAUAAAGCCCAAAACGGCUUAGCUCCGCAUUAUUUGCAAGACCUGAUAGUGCCUUAUGUUCCUGUCAGAGCUCUCCGUUCUCAGAGUGCAGGUUUACUUGUAGUUCCUAGAGUAUCUAAAUGUAGAUUUGGAGGGCGGGCGUUCUGCUAUCAGGCGCCACUACUAUGGAACCAACUUCCAAUCUGGGUUAAGGGGGCUGACACCACCUCCACCUUUAAAACUAAACUUAAAACAUUUCUGUUUAGUAAAGCCUAUAGUUAGUGUUAAGUAAACCUCUAGCUGGUGUUGGUAAAUCUCUAGGUAGUGUAAACUUUAGUGUGUCAGAGUCGCUCCUGUGGUUUCUUGUGCUGGCCCCCCCUUCUCCUCCCUUUUCUCUCUUUUGUCCAUGUUGCAGCAUCCUUUGCCGGACACCGGAACCUGCAGGUGGUCGUGGGUGGCUUGUAGCUUGCAUUACGGAGCACAAGUCUUUCCCCGACCCUGCACCCCAACCUGGGACUUGCUGAUUGGGCCGGAGCUUCGGGAGCUGCGUGCUGGCCUGCGGUCCCCACCCCUGGUCAUCCCGUUGCUGCCCCCCCCUUCUCCUCCCUUUUCUCUCUUUUGUCCUGCAGGUGGCCAUGGGUGGCUUGUAGCUUGCAUUACGGAGCACAAGUCUUUUCCUGACCCUGCACCCCAACCUGGGACUUGCUGAUUGGGCCGGAGCUUCGGGAGCUGUGUGCUGGCCUGCGGUCCCCACCCCCGGUCAUCCCGUUGCUGCUUCCACCUGCCUGCUGUGCUGUUGCCGUCCCUGACCCACCAGUCUGGCCCUCGGCAGGAGGGUCCCCCCUGAUGA